AAAGAUUUUAUUAAUUAAUUUUUCUUUUUUCAUUUAGUGGGCAUUAUUAGUAAUUUUUUUCAUGUUUCUUACGAUUAUUAUUCCGAUGAUUGUUACACAUAUACUUCUUGACCGUAAUCGACAGAUGUAUAUUAACUCUCAUUGUAAAGCGGAUAUAUGGCUUGUACGUAUAUUAGUUCAUAAUGGUUUUGCUGUUUAUGGAACAUGGUUAUAUCUUGCAACAUUACUUAAUUUAACUAUUUGGAUAUCUCAAAUAUAUAGUAGAAAUGCACAAUCAAUAGCUAAUGCAUCAACAGCUGCACUUAGUCUUGUACUUGUUGGUAUUGUAAUUUAUUUUAUUAGUGAGAAUUUUAUAUUUUAUUCAUCAAUGGCAUAUACAUAUUUACCAUGGUUUGUUCUUAUAUUUGGAUUAUCUGGUGUUGUAUCAAAAAAUUAUAAUCAAAUAAAUAUUACAGAUAAAAAUAAAACAUUUUCACUUGCAUUACUUAUUAUUUGUGGAGUAUUGUUUAUUGUUCGUGUUAUAAUAUUUGCUAUACGUUACGUAAAAGGUGUAAUUCCAACUAUUCAUGAUCCUUAA